CUCCAGAGCUUUUGUUUAUGACCAGGAUCUAGAUCACAAACAUGAUUUCAGCUCAUUUAAUAUUUACUGGCUGUUUACAAUGAACUUGGCACUGGGCCUGUUUUAUUAAGCUCUAGGGAGCUUAAUUAAGGGGCUGGCCAUUGUUUUUUAUUAUCUUUGGUAUUGACCAUCCUAAUCUCAGUUCUCGGUCUCCAGGGUUCCUGGAGUUGCUCUCUGCACUAGGCAGGGAAGGAAAGUGAGCUCUGGGGGUGGAGAGCAGAGGUAGGGUCAAAGUUGCUUCCCUGCCGCCACCCCUGUCUGUCCUGGGAGCCACAGUUACUUCACUGUGUGUUCGUUUGUAGCAGGGCGGGAGAGGAGAGAAGGCAGGUGGAGGAGCUGCAGCUGGAGUUGGGACUGUCUGUGUGUGCAAGCCGGGGGGACAGACAGCCUGGCACACUGAAGUCAGGUGCUGGGACCCAUGGGGCCUGCUGACUUAUGGGGACACCACUGGAUGGGAAUCCUGUUCUCAGUCUCGCUUUGGAUCGUAUGGAGUCCUCCAGCUGCAGCCCAGUUCACCUUCAAUGCCAACCCACAUGGCGCCACGCAAAGUGAGAAGGCUGUUGUUCUGUCUGUGUCUGGGACCCCCGGGACACCCCAGGCUCAUGGCACAACCAGAGGGCUGGCCAAGCCCACCAUUCAGGUCAGCUCCGGCACUGCCAUAGAGCAGAAGGAAAUGGUGACCUUCUACUGCAACACCAGUGAUGUCAACAUUACCAUCCACUGGGUUUCCAACAACCUCCCCCUCAUGUUCCGUGAGCGUAUGCAGCUGUCCAAGGAUGGCAAGACCCUCACCAUUCUCAUUGUCCAGCGGGAGGACUCAGGGACUUACCAAUGUGAAGCUCGAGAUGCCUAUGGGAGUCAGAGCAGCGACCCCACCUUCCUGGAAGUGAAUUAUGGUCCUGACCCUGCUGACAUCAAAUUGGAGUCUGGUGUUGCCAGUGGGGAGGUGGUUGAGGUGAUGGAGGGCUCCAACGUGACCUUCUUGGUGGAAACAAAGUCUCGUCCACCCCCUUCCUACAUGUGGUUUCUCCCUGACUCCUCCAAUCUGUCUCUCACCAUGAGAACAUUCGCCAUCCAUGCUGUGUCCAGAGAACAUGAGGGCCUGUACAAGUGCUUGGUGUCCAACGGUGCCACCCACCUGUCCCGCCUGGGUACUCUGAAGGUCCAAGUCCUUGAAACACUGACCACACCUCAAGUCAUGUCUUCAAGCCCAAACCUUGUGGAGAAUGCCAGGUCUGUGGCCCUGACCUGCCAAACUGACCAUGAGAGGGUGAAUGUCCAGUGGUUCCUGAGUGGCCAGCCCCUCCUGCCCAGUGAGCACCUGGAGCUGUCGGCUGACAACAGGACCCUGACCAUCCAUGGCCUCCAGCGGAACGACACAGGGCCCUAUGCUUGUGAGGUCUGGAACUGGGGCAGCCAGGCCCGGAGUGAGCCCCUUGAGCUGACCAUCAACUAUGGUCCUGACCAAGUGAACAUCACCAAGGAGUCAGCGUCUGGGGUGGUCAGCACCAUCAAGGCAGAGCUCAACUCCAGCCUCACCCUGCAGUGUUGGUCCGAGUCCAAGCCAAGUGCUGAGUAUCGCUGGACUCUUGAACACUCCACCGGGGAGCACACAGGGGAGCAGCUGAUCAUCAGGGCUCUGACCUGGGAACACAACGGGAUCUACAACUGCACAGCCACCAACCCACUCACCGGCCUGGCCCGCUCUGCUUCUGUCCUAGUCAAGGUGGUAGGUCCCCAGUCCUCCUCCCUGUCCUCAGGGGCCAUCGCUGGUAUUGUCGUCGGGAUCCUGGCUGUCAUUGCUCUGGCCACAGAAAUGGUCUAUUUUCGCUACAUCAGAAAUGCCAGACGGCCCUCAAGGAAAACAGCAGAUGACCCCAUUCAUGAGACUUCACAACCCACCCCUAAGGAGGAGCACCCUACAGAGCCCAGUUCCAAAAGCCUGAGGCCUGAGUAUUGCAACACAUCCCAGCUCCAGGGAUGGAGCAGAGUUGAAAAGAUGCAACCACCAGACCCUCCAGAGAAGACCUAUGAGAUGAAGCUGCCUUCAGAAAGCCCUGGAGGCAAUUCUUUCAGCCCCUGCAAGCCACCACCCAAAGCUCUGAUGCCCCCACUCAGAUUGCUCUCCAUUCGGCCAAAGAGUAACAUGGAGUCAAUCUAUGAGACACAAUCUGGCUCUGUUUGCUGAGGCUGGAGUACAGCAGCAUGAUCUCAGUUCAUGGCGACCUCUGCCUCCGGGGCUCAAGCGAUCCUUCCUGCCUCAGCCUCCUGAGUAGCUGGGACUACAGGCUUGUGCCACCAUGGCCAGCUAAUUUUUAUAUUUUUUGCAGAGACAGGGUUUUGCCAUGUUGCCCAGGCUGGUCUUGAACUCCUCGGCUCAAGUGACCCUCCUGCCUUGGCUUCCCAAAAUGCUGGGAUUAUAGGCAAGAGCCACUGCCUGGAAAUGGUAACUCUUCUAAAGUCCCUGCAAUAUUCAGGUUAAGUCAGGAUGUAUGGGUUCUUGGAACCCAUUACCACCUUGUUCAUUUUGAAAGAAAAAAAAAAGACCAAACAGAAGACAGCAAGAGAAAGUCAGUUUUACAUUACAUAGUACUUAUGUUGUUAUUUUCUGAAUAUCUUUUUUUUUUUUUUUUUUGAGAUGGAGUCUUACUCUGUUGCCCAGGUUGGAGUGCAGUGGGACAAUCUUGGCUCACUGCAGCCUCUGCCUCUGAUGGUCCAGUGAUUCUCCUACCUCAGAAUCCCGAGUAGCUGGGAUUGCAGGUGGCACACCACCAUGCCUGGCUAAUUUUUGUAUUUUUUUUAGUAGAGACAGGGUUUCACCAUGUUGCCCAGGCUGGUCUCAAACUCUUGACCUCGCCCACCUCAGCCUCCCAAAGUGCUGGGAUUACAGGUGUGAGCCACUACACCCAGCCCAUUUUAUGAAUAUCUUAAAAAAUUAACACAAAAAUAAGUGAAAAAAGGAAGAUGAGCUAACACUGAAACCAUCCCAUUGUUAUUUUGUCAUCUUUGUAUUUGCAGAUCAAUCUGCGAGAUUUUAUAUCUUUACAGCACAGCUAUUUGUCCAUUUUCUCUCUCUCAGUAAGGUUUUGAGGGUUUCUUCAGAUGACUUAUAUCUAUCUUACUAAAUUGAUUUAUAAGGCUUUUUCUUGCUUUUUUGUGAAUAAAUAUGAACUUUU